AUGGCUGAGGUGUCCAAGUACAAGAAGCUCACGCCCAUCGACCACGUGCUGGUGCGGCCCGAGAUGUACGUUGGCAGCGUCGAGACGACCGCGACGCCCAUGUUCAUCUUCGACCACAACAAGGGCCGCAUGGUAUGGGAGACGGUGCAGCUCAACCACGGCUUGCUGAAGGUCGUCGACGAGAUUUUGCUCAAUGCAUCCGACAACCUCUCGAACAAGGGGGCUCGUAUGACGUUCAUCCGCGUCUACAUCACGGAGUCGGGCGAGAUCACCAUAGAGAACGAUGGCGCCGGCAUCCCCAUCGUGCGCAGCAAGGAGCACAAGCUGUACAUCCCGGAGAUGGUCUUCGGUCAUCUCCUCACCAGCUCCAACUACGACGACCAGUCGCAAAACACCGUCGCUGGACGCCACGGCUAUGGGGCGAAGCUGACAAACAUCAUGUCCCACCGCUUCUCCGUCUGCUGCCGCACAAAGGGGAAGGAGUUCCACAUGAGCUGGCAGGACCACAUGCGCAAGGCGACCGCCCCACGCGUGUCGAGCGUCGACCCGAAGGAAAAGAACCUCACACGUGUAAAGUUCCUCCCAGACUACGAGCGCUUCGGCUACAGUGAGAACAAAAUAUCGCAUGACAUGAAGCGCGUGCUGCACAAACGCAUUAUGGACCUUGCCGCGAUGUUUCCAAUGCUUGAGAUCUCCCUCAACGGUACCUCCUUUGGCUUCAAGUCGUUCAAGGACUACGCAUCACUGUACUGUGUGCCAUCGCCUGGAGGGGAAAUGCCGCCGGCGCCGUACGUCUACGAGAGCCGCAACGGCUCCAUCGCGUACGUCCCAACACUCACCGCCGGUGUGCGCCGUGUGUUUGGUGUUGUGAACGGCGUAGUGACGUUUAACGGCGGCACGCACUGCACCGCCGCGGUGGAGGUACUUCAGUCAACACUGGAGAAUGUUGAGCGGAUGCUCAAGAAAGAGAAUAAAGUCAUAGACACUAACCGUGUGCUGCGGCACUUUACCGUUCUUGUGUUUCUCGUGCAGGUGCAGCCGAAGUUUGACUCGCAGAACAAGGCACGUCUCGUGUCGCCGGCGACAAUGCCACGCGUACCGCGGCAAGACCUGGUAGAAUUUCUCUUGCGCAUGCCGUUCCUCGAGACACAUGUGAACACGCUAACGGGACAGCUCGAGCUGGAGCUCAACAAGGAGAUGGGUGCCGGUCGCCGCAUGAGUAGUAAGGCGCUUUUGGCCUCCAUCACAAAAUUAGUCGACGCGACAACGUUGCGCCGUGACCCCAAGUAUCCUCGCACACUCAUCAUCACGGAGGGUGACUCCGCCAAGGCACUCGCGCAGAACUCCUUAUCGAGUGAACAAAAGAGGUACACUGGUGUGUUUCCGCUCCGUGGUAAGCUGCUGAAUGUGCGCAACAAGAACCUUAAGCGUCUCAAGAACUGCAAAGAGCUGCAGGAUCUCUUUUGUGCACUGGGGCUAGAGCUGGGGAAGGUCUACAAGGAUGCGGAGGAGCUGCGCUACCAGCGUCUCCUCGUCAUGACCGACCAAGAUGCUGACGGGUCGCACAUUAAAGGUCUUGUCAUCAACGCAUUCGAGGCUUUGUGGCCGUCACUGCUGGUACGUGUGCCGGGGUUUAUCUCCAUCUUCUCCACCCCCAUUGUGAAGGUGCGGCUGCGCGACAAGACGGUAAUUCCUUUCUUCAGCCUGAAGGAUUUUCACAAGUGGCAGAAGUCGCACCCGAAUGUGUCGUACACGGCAAAGUACUACAAGGGUCUCGGCACAUCCACUACGGUGGAGGGAAAGGAGUACUUCCGUGACAUGGAGAAGCACACGAUGCGGCUCGUGGUGGAUCGCAAUGAUCACAAGCUGCUUGAUAGCGUCUUUGACUCACAGGAAGUGGAGUGGCGCAAGGACUGGAUGACCAAGGCAAACGCUUGCACUGGUGAGGUGGAUAUUGACCGCAGCAGGAAGACACUCACGCUGCCGGAUUUUGUGCAUAAGGAGAUGGUGCACUUCGCUCUCACUGGCAAUGCACGUGCCCUAGCGCACGCUGUUGAUGGACUUAAACCGUCACAGCGGAAGAUUCUUUGGGCACUUUUGCGGCGCUCUAGCAAUGAGGCGGCAAAGGUAGCGCAACUGUCUGGCUACAUCUCGGAGAUCUCCGCCUUCCACCAUGGUGAGGUCUCGCUGCAGGAGACGAUGAUUAAAAUGGCACAGAACUUCACGGGUGGUAACAACAUCAACCUGCUUGUGCCGGAGGGUCAGUUCGGUUCGCGUCAGCAGGUUGGUAACGACCAUGCGGCCCCACGCUACAUCUUCACAAAACUGUCGAGCUUUGCGCGUGUUCUGUUCCCAAGCGAGGACGAUCCCAUUCUCGACUAUGUGGAGGAGGAGGGACAGACAGUAGAGCCGACUCACUACGUCCCCAUCAUUCCGCUCCUGAUGUGCAACGGUAGUGUCGGUAUUGGUUUUGGCUUCGCGUCGAACAUCCCGCCCUUCCACCCGCUCGAUGUGUCAGCGGCGGUGCGCAGCAUGAUCAACGGCGAGUCCGCGAAGUCUGUUGUGCGGCGGCUCGUGCCGUGGGCUGUUGGCUUUCAAGGCGAAAUUCGCCGCGGCCCCGGGGGCGAGUUCAUCGCGGCCGGUCGCUACCACUACUUCAAGGGUGGCCGCGUGCAGGUGACAGAGCUGCCGUGGACCCUCAGCAUUGAGGCCUUCCGUGACCACGUCUCGCACCUCGCUGCAAAGGACGUCGUGCACCGCAUCGCUGACUACUCUGGCGCCAACCACGUCGACAUCGACCUGGAGGUUACCGACGGUGUGAUGACGACACACGCCGAGUGCGAGAGCGACCUCGGCCUGACACAGCGCAUCUACAUCAACGGCACUGUCUUCUCACCCAACGGCACGCUUUCGCCGCUGGAGGGCGACCUGGCACCGGUGCUGCAGUGGCACUACGAUCGCCGCCUUGAUCUGUAUAAGAAGCGGCGGCAGCGCAACCUGCAGCUCCUCGAGGCGGAGCUCGCGCGGGAGAAGUCGACGCUGAAGUUCGUGCACCACUUUCGCAGCGGCAAGAUUGACUUUGUUAACGCCACCGACGAGACCUUGGGGAAGAUCUGCCACAAACUUGGCAUGGUCCGCGUCGACGAUUCGUACGACUAUGUGCUUCGGAAGCCCAUCACGUUCUACACCAGGACAAGCCUCGAGANCCUCAGCCGCCGCAUCGCCGAAACGGAGAAGCGCCUCGACGCACUAAAGAAGACGACGCCCGUACAGCUGUGGGCCGACGAGCUUGACCGCUUUGACCGCAUCUUUGCGGAGUAUGAGCGGACAACGGUGGAGGCAAUCCUGAAGGAACGGCGCUUGAGCCCCUCGACUGGUGAUCUCGUUCCCACGCUGCAGCAGCCGAAGCUUGAGAUGGAGGAGGUGAAGGCCACCAAGGCCCCCCCGAUGCGUGUUAAGGUGCGCAGGUACGAGCCCCCGCCGCCGAGCAGGCGCCCGCGGAUGGACGGCAGCAGCGGCAGCGGCACUGGUGGUGGCGGUGGGAAGAACGGCGCGGUGGCGGCGGUGGCACACGCCAAGGCGGCAAAGCGGGCGGCGCGGGGUGGCGGUUCGGUGCGGAAGAUGCUCCUGGACGUCGCUGCGCAGCAGGUUGCGCGGGUGCUUCCACGCCUGCCGUGGUUUCUGUUUUAG